AUGGAGCCUGACCGCAUUGGGCCCGACACCACACCCCGACGUCCGUUCGUGGACAGGGUAAAGGAUGUUCCACGUCGAGUCAUCCGAAGCCUUACAACAAAAGAGGGUCUUGUAGGCGACUACGACUACGCAUUUCUGUUUACCCCGAAGCUGCCUUUCAUGAAGAAGCAAACCCAAACAGCUCCAUUCUUCGGUUUGAACGACAAGAUGCCCAUCUUGCUAGCGUUGUUGCUUGGCUUUCAGCAUGCCUUGUCCAUGUUGGCUGGCCUGAUCACACCACCUAUCAUCCUCUCUGGCACGGGUGGUGCCAAUUUACCGACAGAGACCGCUCAAUACCUUGUCUCGACGUCACUCAUUGUCUGCGGAAUCUUGUCUUCUAUUCAAAUCACACGUUUCCACCUCUACAAGACGCCCUACUUCAUAGGAACAGGCAUUAUCUCCGUGGUCGGCACCUCUUUUGCAACCAUACCUGUGGCUUUGGGUGGGUUGUCUCAGAUGUACGCCUCUGGCUAUUGCCCCACCGAUGCAGAUGGAAAUCGUCUUGCCUGUCCGAAAGGCUACGGGGCGAUUCUCGGGACAGCGUGUAUUUGCGCCCUCCUGGAAAUCUGCUUGUCUUUUGCUCCUGCAAAAGUCUUGAAACGAGCCUUUCCCCCGUUGGUUACAGGACCUACUGUCGUCCUCAUUGGAAUCAAUCUCAUCUCCUCGGGAUUUGAAAAUUGGGCAGGAGGAUCUGGAAGUUGCAGGGCGCGGCCAGAAGAAGGUAUCUAUCAGAAUUGUCCUACCAACUUUGCCCCUCAUCCUCUCCCAUGGGGCUCUGCGGAAUUCAUUGGGCUGGGAUUCAGCGUCUUUAUCACCAUUAUCCUAUGCGAGAGGUUCGGUAGUCCGAUCAUGAAAUCAUGUGCUGUCGUCAUUGGUCUGCUAGUGGGCUGUAUCAUUGCAGCAGCCACAAACUAUUUCGACGACUCGGGGAUCAAGAGUGCCAAAGCCGCCUCGUUCAUCUGGGUCGAGACAUUUCCACUGUCGUUAUAUGGGCCGAUGGUGCUGCCCUUCUUAGCAGUCUUCUUAGUCCUGAUGAUGGAGGCCAUCGGAGAUAUCACUGCCAGUUGUGAUGUCUCGCGUCUGGAAGUGGAUGGACCCCUUUUCGACUCCCGGAUCCAGGGCGGUGUGCUAGCCGACGGUUUGAACGGAAUGCUCGCCUGCCUUUGUACAAUUACGCCGAUGUCGACCUUUGCACAGAAUAACGGAGUCAUCGCCCUUACGCGUUGUGCCAACAGGAAAGCCGGCUACUGCUGCUGCCUCUGGCUGAUCCUCAUGGGCAUCUUCGCCAAGUUUGCAGCUGCUCUUGUGGCCAUUCCCUCUUCGGUCCUUGGUGGUAUGACGACUUUCCUGUUUUCGGCUGUUGCCAUCUCUGGUGUCCGUAUUAUCUCGACCGUUCCUUUCACGAGGCGCAACCGCUUCAUACUCACGGCCGCAAUGUCUGUUGGUUUCGGUGCUACGUUGGUCCCUGACUGGUUUGACUACGUAUUCACGUAUGAAGGGGACAAUUCUGCCCUACGAGGAUUUAUGAGUGCAAUCGAAUUGGUGAUGGAGACGGGCUUUGCUGUGACAGCCUUUCUGUCUCUCUUCUUGAACCUGGCUAUCCCAGAAGAGGCCGAUGACGACGCGGUUGAGACUACCGCAAACACUGUGGACGCGGACGACAACAAAGAAUGGGAACGAAUCAGACGCCGGAGCCAGCUGAAAGACAUGCGGAACAGCGAAGAUCUUACGAGGGGCAGUACUGACAUCGAGGUGAGCGGCGGAAUUCAACAAGGUGAGGUCGACAAGAUGCGCACCAUCAAAGAUGGAUGA